AUGUUUAUAUUGUUCUUAUUGAUAAGCGUUGCUUUUGUCAACGCUGCUGACUCAAGUCAGGGAAUUGACAAUUACCCUUAUGGUAAAAAAAAUACCAAUGCAAAUUUUAACGUUGCUUUUGAUAGUAGUUACAGUAAAUAUCAAGUUCAACAAUAUGCUGAGAGUGGAGUUUUUAGUGCAAACCAAGAAAAUUAUGUUCGUGCUAAGUGUAAAACAUGUUGUAGAGUUAUUUUUGCUUCUGAUUAUAACUACAAAACUAAAAAACCAUUUACUGAUGCUGAUGAUAUUCGAGGAGAUGAUAGAUAUGUCAUGGAUAUGGAGUUUGAUGAUAAAAGAUCAGUCAGAUUUUAUCAAGGAAAUUAUGAACAAAAUAUUUUACUAAGACCAUUGAAACAAGAAAAUGAACUUCAAUUCUUUGAAUUUGCACCAUAUAAAAUGUAUACAUCAUUCUCAAUUCCAAGAAGAGUACAUGAUAUUAGAGGAGGUGCUAAUAAAGGAGCAACUCUUAUUAUUUGGAUGAAGAAAGCACCAUUAGAUCCAGGAACAAAUAAUCAAAGAUUUGUCUAUGUCCAUCCAUACAAAACUGAAUGGUAUCCAGAAUACAAUAAUAGAAACAAAUGGCCAAGUUAUAGCAAACAUUUCUAUCUCCCAUUCUCUAAUAAUAAUCUUUGUUAUCAAGCAAAGAGUGAAGGAGAAGAAAGAUCUACAUGGACUGGAAAUAGACAUCUUACAACAACUACUACAAGUUAUCAAAUUGAAGCUGCUUCUUGUGAUGCUGGUGAAGCAAGACAAAUUUUUAUUCCAGUCUUUGCAUAA